UUUCACUCUUCGUUAGAGAUGUUGUAAAUACUUUCGGUUCCCGUCAAACGCCUGAUUUUGAUUUCCCUCUACUCUACAACAACAUCAACAACCAUUUAAACUUCUGCCACAUCUUCUCUCUCCAAUGCUUCGCCGUCAAGUUCCGUUCAUCAUCUCAAAACCGCCGCACAUCACAAUCAUGUCAACCAUCCGCCAAAAAUCAAGCGGCGGAAGAAGACCGAAGAAAAAAAUAUACAACAGAGUCCCUGAACUUGACAGAGUAAUGGAGCUUCGCAAGAAACCAUCAAUGAUUCUCGAACUCAAAACCCUAAUCCAAUCCCAACCCAAAAACAAUCCUCUCUUCCUCCGUGACCUCGAGAAGAACGUUGGCUUUGUUCGUAAAUGGGACUUCAUGGGCCUCAUUGAGAAACACCCAACCAUUUUCCGCGUAACCGGAGCUCCACCUUUUGUUAACCUAACUGAUAAGGCCCAACGAGUGGCCCGUGAUGAAGCCCAGGCCCAAAUUUUGAUGGAGCCUAUUUUGGUUAAUAAUCUUAGGAAGAUGCUUAUGCUUUGUGUUGACUGUAGGAUUCCACUUGAAACGGUUGAGUUUGUUGGGCCUGAAUUGGGUUUGCCUUGUGAUUUUAAGGAAAGCUUGAUUGAGAAGUACCCUCAAUUCUUUUCUAUUAGGCGUUUCAAUGGAAGGGAUUGUGUUUAUUUGGAGGAUUGGGAUUCUACUUUGGCUGUUACUGCUAGAGAAGCUAGGUUGGCACAAGAAGGAAUUGUGAACAUGACGCCAAACAACGAUAAGAGAAAGGUGAAGAUUUCAAAAGAUGGCAACUAUGCCGGUCCAUUUGCAUUCAAAGUGAACUUUCCUGCUGGUUUUAGGCCAAAUGUUAAUUUCCUUGAGCAGUUCGAGAGGUGGCAGAAAUUGGAGUUUCCUUCUCCUUAUUUGAAUGCAAGGAGGUUUGAUGCUGCAGAUCCCAAAACUCGAAAACGGACUGUGGCUGUGCUUCACGAGCUCCUCAGCUUGACACUGGAGAGGAGGAUGACAUCUGCACACCUGGAUGCAUUUCAUGCAGAGUGUUUUUUGCCGUCGCAAUUGCUUCUUUGCUUAAUAAAGCAUCAUGGGAUAUUUUACCUCACAAAUAAAGGUGUAAGGAGUACGGUUUUCCUCAAGGACGCGUAUGUUGGUUCCAACUUGGUAGAUAAGUGUCCUUUAUUGCAAUUUAAUGAUAAAUUUGUUGCACUCUGUGGUAGAGGAAAUGUUGAUUUGUGUGACAGCAAGAGUUCGUUACAAGCUGUUGUUUAGAAGUUGAAUUUUCGGGAGUCAGUGUCUGCUUCUCUCCGUUUGAAAGGAGGUAAUUUCUUACUUGAGAAAAACCAUGGAGAAGUACAUUCUCAUGAUGCUUUCACUAAUUUUUUUAUUGGACUGGAUUAUUCUAAUUUUCGCACCUUGCAAGCGUUAAGAUCAAGGUGAUGUAGAAAACUAUGUCAUGUCAAAUUCUGAACCUUGUGGUAUCCUUGCUUCAUUUACUUGACAAUUUGCUCUGCUAAUCCAAUGUGUAUAUUUGACAAGUUAAGGACAUGUAAUCACUUCAAGAGCAGCCAUCAGAGUUUUUGGUGAUGUAAUUUUUAUUUUUCUAAAUGUUUUUCCCGCUCGUUUGAGGAAAUACUUUUACCAUGCUGCCAUCAGUUCUGGUGCAGAAAUUGUUCUUGAAUGUAAUACAUUCAUCCCCGGCCAGCAGUGAGUUUUAAUAAAUUGUUAUUGUGCAAUUUGUGCUGACUUAGUACCUGUAAACCAUACACCAGUCCUUGUCAUCAAUAUAGAAGAGAGCCUUGGUGAAUUUAUAGAUUGAAAUUUGUUUGGAUUAAAUGAUUGAAGUAUCGGAGAAGCAGUUUAUCAAAUAUUGGCCAUGGUGGUACCAUGGCAGUUUUUUCACAACCGCCAUGGUCAAUUUAUGAAGGAUGGGCGUGCCAUGGUGUUUUUUGGCGGAUGUGGCAUCUUAAAAUGGUUAUUUGAUGGUGAGCCUAGGAUUGGAUGUAAAUUCCAUUGUUGGACUCACAUCUAACAUUCUAUAUACAUAUGACUUCUAAGGGAAGUAAGUCAAGUAAUUACUAACUACUUCCUACUGCAGGUGUUGCCAAAUCUCUAGAUUUUGCCAUGAGACUAGUUUCACUUCAUGUCUAGUGUCUAUCAUUUAAGUUGUGGGUGAGUUAAUAAAUCAUACACAGAAAGACUGGCCUGCUGAACCUCAUUUCUAUUUGCAAGAAUAGUUCCAUGAUCACAGACCUAACAUGACCAAUUGCACUGUCAGAAAGUUCUGUGUCUCCUGAUUUUGUAGCUCAUAGCAGUUUUAAUAUUGGUCCUAUUCUGGUUUCUCUCAAGUCUCAACUGAUAACAGCAACGAAAGCUUUUUCUUCUUAGGUGGGGUUCAAUACCUGGUUUUUUAUUUCCCCCUUGAUUUCAACAAAAAUGUGAACAAAUGGACAUUAUCGAAUGCGGAUCGCAAACCAUGGAGGAAAACGGAAAAUCUGCUAUAAAAUGCCUUGGUAUUGCCAUCCUUCACAAACUGGCUUUGUCUGUUGUAAAAACUUCUGUCACCCCAGUUUGACACCGCGGAUAUUUGACAUACACUGCAUUGUCCUGCUUAUGAUUUUGCGCUCUAUGGCAAUGUAGUCACGAUCAAGUGCUAGCUCGUAGGAUCGUACAUCUUGCAAGAGUUUUGUGGUCAAGAUCACAAUUUUCUGGUGGGAUCGUGGAAAGACACUAAAUUCGGGUGCUUUUUUCUCUUUAACUUCUAUACUGCUAUUAGUUGUGGAUUUUGCUUUCCGGGCCAAAUGUUCUAGAGCAAUAUUGAUAUGCAUUCUCAUUUUACUUUCUCUUUUGUAACAAUCUUUUCAUACAAUUUUUAUAAGCUAAAAUAACUUUAUUUUGCUGGUUAAACGAAAACUACAUAGUAAAUAACAUUGUUGAAUAGUA